AUGGGUUCCAAGGUUUUGCUUGUUCUAGUUAUGUUCAUGGCCACUAUACUUCUGAUUUCCGCUGCACCCAAUGAAUACCAGAAUUUUGACAAAAAAGAUGGGAAGCCUGCUCCAAAUGGGGAAUAUGAUAGCAAAUGGGGUUACGGUGGUUGGGGUGGUCCUUGGUAUCGCGGCUGGGGUGGCCCUUAUUAUGGCGGUGGAUGGGGCGGUCCGUGGCACGGUGGUGGCUGGGGUUGGCACGGUGGCUGGGGUGGUUGGCGUCCUAAUGAACAUGUUGAGGCUGGGAUUAAUGGCAACCUUAACAACUAA